GAGGGAUAAAACCCACGUUCAGGAUUAGACAGUGUUCAUAGAGAGCGUGUGUGUGUGUGUGAUCGGCUGCAAACAACAGUUUUCUCCUUCAACGCAAACAGUUUCUUCAAUGGCUAAAUACAAGCCCUGGCUGGUGUGCUGCUUCAUCUUUGCUGGUUUGAUCAGCGCGGUUGCUCUGGUCUGUCUGUGCAUCGUGUCGAUAGUGGACCGAGGUUGUGUCGGCGGCAGCUUCACGCAGGCGGCCGUGUCUGCGGACUCUCUGCGGUGCUCCGAGAUUGGCAGGAGCAUGCUCAAGCAGGGGGGGUCGGCAGUAGAUGGCGCCAUUGCAGCUCUUCUGUGCACAUCUGUGGUCAAUCCUCAGAGCAUGGGGAUUGGAGGAGGAUCUAUAUUCACCAUAAGAAAUAAAAAAGGCGAUGUUAAAGUCUACAACUUCAGGGAGACUGUCCCACCGUCUUUUAAAAGAGACCUGUUGAGUGACUGUCCCACCGAAUUCGGACUGACCACAGGCAGCCAGUGGAUCGGCGUUCCCGGAGAGCUGCGUGGCUACGAGGCCGUUCACAAACAGUACGGGAAGCUGCGUUGGGCCAAGCUGUUUGAGCCAACAAUUAAACUGGCCAGGGAGGGCAUCCCUCUACCGCCGUUUCUGGGAAACCUUCUGAAGAACCAAAUCGUGAAAGCCCACGUGGAGAAAUCAUCUCUUUGUGAAGUUCUGUGCAACAAAAACAAAACGGUUCUGAGCACAGGAGACAUUCUUAGGUUUCCUAAACUUGCUAAAACCAUGGAAACAAUUGCAGAGCAAGGGGCAGAUGCCUUCUACACGGGCGAGAUAGGACAUGACCUAAUCCAAGACAUAGAAGCUGCAGGUGGGACUUUAAAAAGGGAGGAUCUGAAGUCCUUCCAUGUGCGUGUGGAGGACGCAUGGACAGUUCCACUGGGAGACGUUAAGAUGCACGUCCCUCCACCACCUGCUGGGGGCCCCCUGCUUGCCUUCAUUCUCAGACUUAUGAAAGGCUUCCCCUUGUCUCCACACUCCCUGGAUGGUGACCAGAAGAUCCAGACAUACCAUCGUUAUAUCGAGGCAGCUAAAUUUACUAAUGGACAAAAGAGGAGCAUUAAUGAUCCAGUCUUUAAUGGCAGAAAGAGUGCAGAUCAUUUGAUUGAUCACUCCUUCGUUAAUCGCAUCAGGGAUAUGAUCUCUCCCAACCGCACCCAUAACAACGCUUACUACAACAACGCCAAGCCCUCCCGUGACCACGUUGGGACGACACAUGUGUCCGUCCUGGACAAAGAUGGACUGGCCGUCUCUGCAACGAGCACCAUAAACCAGUUAUUUGGGGGAGCCGUUUACUCUCCACGAACCGGCAUCAUCCUCAACAACGAGCUGACGGACUUCUGUGGGAGAGCCGACAAUGUGUUUGCAGGUGAGCAGCCUCCUUCCUCAAUGGCUCCAGUAAUACUGGAGACAAAGUCUGGAGGGCUCCUUGUGAUUGGCGGAUCGGGAGGAAGCAUGAUUACCUCAGCAGUGGCCUUGUCUAUAAUAAAUCGCCUGUGGCUGGGGAUGAAUCUGAAAGACGCCAUUGCUGCGCGUAUAGUGUUUGUGGAUUCCAACAACACCGUGAAUUUUGAGCCUGGUUUUGAUAAGUCUGUGAAAGAUGGCCUCGGAGCACUUGGACACAAGUCUGGGAAGUGGAAAUACUUCAUGAAUGUAGUCAAUGCUGUGGAAAAGGAGAAUGGAUGCAUUGUGGCCGUAUCGGACAGCAGGAAGAUGGGGGAGUCAGCCGGAUACUGACCACACACACACCAUGAGGGAAAACAAAUCUGCCCUUAGAGAAUGAACCUUUAGCCUUAAGAAGAGUGAAUGUGCCAACAAGAAAAUGUGAGAAAUGUGUUGCUCAGGCUCUUUUUUGGUGAGCCACACAAUCAAUCAAGAAACUACCAGCCUUAUUAGGGUUGGUACCAGAUUGUAAUAACUUGGGCCUUAUUUUUAUUAUCGUUUAAGCAACAUUGUAUUCACCAUAGUAAAUGCAGAGAUCUUAGAAGUUAGCAACAUUGCUCAAAAGAAGUCAAAUGGGGCAAGAAAAACAAAUCAGAUUAUCUAAACCAAUUUCUUUGACGGUAAACUCAAAGUAAAUUUUUUUUUUUUUAAUGUCCAGGGUUUCCACUGCUGAGUGCACGAGAGAUGCCAGUAAUAAUCCCUAUUUGGACAAGUCAACUGUGUGCAUGCACAACUACGGCAAGCACAUUAAGUCAUAGUUGAACCACGAUGUCGGUCUGUUAGGGACAGUCUUCUUUUUUAAUGUUUUGAACAGUAGUUUGCCAAAAUAAUCUUAACGCAAUGUCCACUUGCUAAUCUUUUCUGGAGCUUUCAACAGCAUGUCUCGGUCUCCACCACCAAAUGGAGUUUGCAAGUUGUCAUGACAAUUGAAAUCUCCGGAAAAGCUAAUAAUUGGACCAUUAACAAAAUUUGUGUAACACGUAACGUAACCAUCACCCCCAAAAUUUUGAAUAACUGUGGGGACUGUUUAAAAGUCCUUCUUCUCAGGUUUCUUGCCCCACCAUUAUUCUUUUGAGCUAUGUUGCCAGAUCUAAUCCAUUAACUUGGUGACUGUGACAGAAAUGAUCAAUCAAAACUAAAUAAGACCCAAAUUGUAAGAGCACAGACUUCUUUUGAGCUAAUUAGAUCACUCCUUACUGAAAUGCAUUUUCAACCCAGCCAGUCAUCACACACACACACACACACACCCUGAUGUCAUUCCAGUAAAUGCUGUAGACUUACUCACAGUAAGCGCAACAUGAGGCCGCUACUCUUGCUGCUGAGAUCUGCUUUUAUUUGCUGCAGGACUGAACACUCCUGAACCAAAGUGUUUGCAGCAGCGAGCCAUAAAGGCAAAUCUACUGUAGUCCAACAAAACAAAACCAACCGCUGUUUCACAACAAGUCAAAUAUCAAUGACUAUUUCAUUUUCUUUUCUUUGUAAUUCUGUGUAAGAACUGUUUAUUGUAGAUGAGCCAUGAAACCCUUUUUAAAGUGACAUCCUGCCAAAAAGGGAACUUUUACUGUGACCUUAAAUAUUUUCCUGUAUGUGAAAUGACUUUAUUCCUGUCCCUAGCAUGUUGUGAUGUUUGUUUAAAGAUUAAGGAAAUGCUGUAGAAAUCCAUCUUUAAAAAAAUAAGUUGAUUAAUACUGAACAAAGUUAUCAAAAAAAAAACAUUAGCCUAUUUUAACACCACCAACGUUUUUUUUGUAUUUUCUCUGUAUUUUUCAAGUUUAAAUGCUUUGUAAAUUGAUUACAAACUAUUAACUGUGAAUAUCCGUCUUGUAACAAUAAAAGAUAAAUU